AUGGCUGAUCAAGCAACAAAGCUUCUUGAUUUUAGUGAAAAGUUGGAUAUAAAUUUACUUGACAAUAUUGUUACUUGUAUGUACAGUGGAUCUGGAGAGCAACAAAAACUCGCUCAAGAAAUAUUGACUCAUUUGAAAGAGCAUCCGGAAGCUUGGACAAGAGUAGAUACCAUCUUAGAAUAUUCAAACAAUUUGCAAACUAAAUAUUUUGCUUUGCAAAUUUUAGAACAAGUCAUUAAAACAAGAUGGAAAGUCUUACCUAGAAAUCAAUGUGAUGAUAAAAGAUUCUUUAAUAAAAAAUACAUUGUCGCAUGA